UUUAUGUCGAUCAGACUCCAGGUAACUUAGAGAAAAUGAGAAGUGGACGAGAAAGAACAGAAACAAAUAAAAUGUCUGACAACGAAAAUACAGCUGAUUCCAUGAUCACAUCCCUUGAGCAGACUCCGGACCACUUAAAGGAACACAUCAGCUUUCAUGCUGGAGAAAAUUAUUAUAAAUGUGAAGUGUGUGGUAAACGUUGCAAUAACGGUACAAAGCUGAAGGCACAUAUGAGAUCACACAUUGGAAAUACGACUUUCAACAUAUUUAAAUGUGAUAUAUGUAAUAAAGGGCUGAGUACAUAUCGUGGUUUACAAACACACUUCCUAACACACACUGGUUAUACACCUUAUGAAUGUAAAGUGUGUGGUAAAAAGUGUAGUCAGAGUGGUAACUUAUGGCAACACAUGAAAUUGCAUACAGGUGAUAAACCUUAUCAAUGUGAUGUAUGUGGUAAAGGGUUUAGGCAGAAUGUUAUCUUACAAACACACAUGAGAACACAUACUAGAGAUAAACCUUAUAAAUGUGAUGUAUGUGAAAAAGUUUUUAGGCAGAGUAAUGGUUUACAGAAACACAUAAGAACACACACUGGUGAUAAACCAUAUGCAUGUGAUUUGUGUGGCAAAAACUUUAGUCGGGGAGAUACCUUACAGGCACACAUAAAAAUACAUACUGGAGAUAAACCUUAUCAAUGUAAUGUGUGUGGUAGAGGGUUUAUUUACAGUUGUAACUUACGGAGACACAUUACAGUGCAUACUGGUGACAAAAUGUUUAAAUGUGUCGAAUGCAGUAAAAGGUAUACUACUAGUCAUAGUUUACGGAUACACAUGAGAAUACACACUGGUGAAAAACCUUAUAAAUGUGAUGUAUGUGGAAGAGGAUUUAGUCUUGGACAGAACAUGAGGACCCAUAUGAGAACACACACCGGUGAUAAACCUUAUAAAUGCAAUCUAUGUGGUAAAAGUUUUAGUCAGCUUGGGAAUUCACAGACACAUAUGAAGACACAUACGUAAUUAACCGCAUUAGGAUGUGAUGCAUGAAUAAAUGUUGAGAAAGAACUUGUGCCACAUAAAAGGAUUCAUUAUCAUGCUGAUGUGUAUAAAACUUUUACAUUGAUAUCUCAGUUCACUUCUGUCGCAGAAAGCUCGACAAAGGGAUAGUGAUCCGGCGGCGGCGACCACUGCGGCG